CCGGUCCGGUUCUCGCGCACGCCGCCGCCGCCGCCGCCCAGUGACUGUCGGCGACCGCGCCGCUGCGCGCAGAGUCAGCAGCUCCCGUGCCCCAGUGCGCGCUGCCCGCCCGGCCGUCGGGGACAUGCGAGGAGCCCGCGGCGGCGCCCUGCCGUGAGAAGCGAGCGGCCCAGCCGAGCCGGGCGGACGAGUGCGCCGCCACGGGACCGACAUGCGCCAGGCGCCCUCCGGAGCCGGCCGCACCUAGCCAGAGAAGGCGCCCGGCGCCCGUCAGGGUGCGAAAUGCAGCUGGCCUCAUGGAGUCACCCGCUGCAGCUGCACUGGCUGCUGAUCGCUGCUGCGGUCGCUGCCGUUCACGGCAGGAAUCUAGACUACGGAGAGAAGGCCGAACGUCGCCUGACAGCGCCCCAGACGUACGAGAUACGGCCGCUGCCCUGCACCAGCGCCAAAGGCGAAAACGGCACUUGCAUGUUCAACUUCAAGUGCUACCAGCACAACGGUCUGGUCAUCGAUACGUGCAUAGACCGGUUCAUGUUCGGCGCGUGCUGUAAGCUGGACCCGAGUCAGCUGACAGUGGCGCAGGUGGUGGCAGGCGCGGCCACCACGGCCGCGCCCACGGGCCUGGUCACGUGGUCAUCGGUGACCUCCGCUGGCCCAGGUGGUCUCGAUCACCGGACGCCACCGACGACAGCCACCACUACCACCAAACCUACCACGCCCAAGACGAAGAAGACGGUGAAGACGACGCCCAAGAAAACGACGACGACCACCACCACGACGACCACGACAACGACGAAGAAGCCGACGACGAAGAAGCCGACGACGAAGAAGCCGACGACGAAGAAGACAACGACGACGACGACGACCACAACAACCACGACGACGAAAAAACCGACCCGGAAAUGGGACUACAAGAAGCACUGCGGCGUGAUCCCGCUGGCGUCCGGCCGCAGCUCGACAGACCGGCGGCGCCAGGGCCUGCGCAUCGUCGGCGGCGAGCCGGCCUACUUCGGCGCCUGGCCCUGGCAGGUGAUGGUCAAGGAGGCCACCUUCCUCGGCCUCUUCACCAAGAACAAGUGCGGCGGCGUGCUGCUCAACAGCAAAUACGUGCUGACGGCCGCUCACUGCCAGCCCGGGUUCCUGGCCACCCUGAUCGCGGUGUUCGGAGAGCUCGACCUGAGCGCCACCUACGAGCCCAAGAGCUCGUACCAGCGCAAUAUCCGGCGCAUCGUCGUGCACAAGGGCUUCAACGCGCAGACCUUCGACAACGACCUGGCGCUGCUCGAGAUGGAGAAGGCCGUCACCUUCGACGAGCACAUUGUGCCCAUCUGCCUGCCGGCGGCGUCCGAGGUGUUCGAGGGCCGCAUGGCCACUGUCACCGGCUGGGGACGCACCUCGUACGGUGGGGACGUGCCCUCCAAGCUGAUGGAAGUCGGCGUGCGGAUCAUCACCAACGAACAGUGUCAAGCCUGGUUCGAUGAGUCGGGCCGCAGCAAGAAAAUUCGCGACGGCUUCCUGUGCGCCGGCUACAAGAACGGCGUGAUGGACUCAUGCGAGGGCGACUCGGGCGGCCCGCUGGUGGUGCCGCAGGCCGACGGCCGCUGGGUGCUGGCCGGCACCGUGUCGCACGGCAUUGAGUGCGCCCAGCCCAACCUGCCCGGCAUCUACAUGCGCAUGCCCUACUACAGAGACUGGAUCGACAAGCACAUAAACAGCUAAUGGCUGGCGGGCGGACGGCCGCCGGCCGGGAGUGAGCGCGCGAUGGGGCGCCGGGCGCGCC